UGCAUUCUACCUGGUUCCGUGUUUUGGGGAUUAUGGUCGCGAAAAGGCAACGCACUUAACUACUACAGAGCUUUCAUCACAAAAAUUACAGCCAGUCACAUCAAUUUCCUUUUACAAAUAAACAAUGCUCAGUGGCGCAGUUACAAGAGGACUGAACCAGUGCUCGUUAUAGAUAAAAUCCCAGAAAUGAAGGAAACCUCUGUUAAUUCAUCAGUUAUUGCUGUUCACCAACAUAGUAUGCCAGAAUGGUAUCGCGCUGGUAAUGUGACUGGUACCAAUGGGCGUUUAUCCUUGGUAACUGUCAGGUUUAAAAACGGGGACCAGAAAUUGGUUCCGCUCAACCAACUCCGGUUGGUGAAAAGACCUAAAUUUUGUGUGGAUAGAGUUUGA